AUUUGAAGUCAAAGGACGAGAAAAAAGCGGUUUUAAGCGAAGUUUUCUGCGAUUCACUGAAUAUAACGGAUUGCAGUCUAACGGAGACUAACGACAGGAUUGCUGUCACUGUCUAUAACCCCAUCGCCCGACCCGUCAGUCAGUAUAUUAGGGUUCCGGUGGUCGACGGGAAGUACACUGUAGUCGAUGCCAUCGGUACUGAAGUUAAGGCAAAGGCUUUACUCCCGGUGUCGGAAGCCGUGAGGCAACUGCCCGAAAGGAAAGGUAGUCCCGGAACUCAUGAACUGGUUUUUAAUGGACAGUUACCUGCACUCGGAUUCACCACAUUUUUCGUUGAGAAACAGAAAAGCGAUAAAAAUCCCCUAAUGGCAGCCCUAACCCGCAACCGUCGGGCACCCAUCGAAAUGAAAGGCAAAUCAUUUACACUGCAAGUGGACGAGACUACCGGUGCCAUACAAUCCAUUACCCUCGAUGGCAAGACACAUACCCUGAAACAAUCGUUCAAAUGGUAUAAAUCAUGGGAUAAGGGACCCGAGGACUCCGGCAGUUACCACUUCUGUCCCGACGGUAACGCCCGGGACUACGGCCAACAAAAGCUGGUCUCCCGGCAUACGGACGGUGGGGUACAUGAGCUGAACCAAGUGUUUGCCGACUAUAUCCACCAAACCGUACGUACGUAUGAGGACCAGGACUACAUUGAGUUUGACUGGACAGUAGGGGGUAUUCCUAUCAAUGAUAAGAUCGGAAAAGAGAUAAUAACCCGAUUUGAGUCCAAUUUGAAAACCGACGGACAGUUUGUGACGGACUCUAAUGGGCGACAGUCUAUGCACCGGAAGUACGAUCCGACCAAAACCGGGUGCGAGGGUAAAGUGAUUACAGCCAAUUGGUACCCCAUUUAUAAACAGAUAUCGGUUCAAGAUGUUUACCAGGGCUUACAGAUGACUGUCCUAAACGACAGGGCACAGGGGGGCUCAUCACUAAUUGAUGGGGCGGUUGAACUCAUGGUUCACCGACGACUGGAUCGCAACGGCGCUGGCGGUAGCUUUAAGAUUGAUGAGCCGGGUGUCGACGGGAAGGGACUGGAGGUGAGGGGCAAACACUACCUGUUCUUCCAACCCAUUACCGAAAGCCCACAACUGGUGCGACCCCUGUCUGAGCAGCUCUUUAUGGGUCCGAUCGAGACGUUCGAUAAAUACACGACUCGUGAGGAAUAUUCCGGGAAACAUACGACUAGUUUCACAGCGAUUGGCGAUUCCCUCCCAGAAUCGGUCCAUUUGUUGACAUUAGAGCAGUGGUCGGACAGGGAGGUGUUGGUUAGGUUUGAGCACAUGUAUGAAAAAGGGGAUAACAGUCCCCAGUCUAAGGACGUGUCGUUUGAUAUGCAAAAAGUGUUGAAAACUCUAAAAAUAGUGAAUUCAGUUGAAAUGAAUUUAGCGGCCAAUGAGUUGUUAUCUGAGACUAAACGCAUGGAUUGGAAAUCAAAACAGAGUUCUGCCGACAGUUUCGACAUCAGAGGUAACGGUGCCGUUGAGGGCGACCUUAUCGUCAAGUUAUCCCCACAACAGAUCCGGACCUAUAUUCUCACCAUUGAUGGCGACUUUGGAAAUCAAAACAGAGUUCUGCCGACAGUUUCGACAUCAGAGGUAACGGUGCCGUUGAGGGCGACCUUAUCGUCAAGUUAUCCCCACAACAGAUCCGGACCUAUAUUCUCACCAUUGAUGGCGACCAUCAUCACGAAGAGCACAAUACCUACCGGUGCUUAUGUGGCCGGUUAUGAUGCGGAUAAAACACCGCUAAAUGUGUGCAGACAUAAGGUUAAUGAGGGGUUAGUCGCCGGAAAGGCUGACAAAAAAGUCGGAUGUGUUGUAACGUCUGAAGGGAAAGAGGUGUCCGUAAAGGAGGGCCAGGAGUUUGAGGUACUGGUGGCCCAGAAUGUGGAGUGGGUUCCCAGACAUGGUGAGGACCCCAUCCCAGUGGGGGCGCUGGUGGUCGGCAAUAAGGGACAGCCAAACACCGACACAUAUAUCGGUCGAUGCGAUACACAC